CAUCGCCAUGGCGAUGCUACAACCCCAAAAGCUCUACAGCGAGGCUGGUGGCCUUGGUGGAGCGAUGACGAGUGGCGCGAUGUCCAGCAUGGGCAGCAUGGCGUCCACCUACAGUUCAAUAAACUCCAUGAGUUGCGUGCCCAUGGGCAUGCCAAUGGGGGUGGGAGUGGGUCCGAGCUGCAGCCCACAAGGGACCGGCGGUUUCACCAUGAGCUCUAUGAGCUCGGCCAUGGGGGUUGGGGGUGGUGGCAUGGGGAGUUACGGUCCCGGAUCCAUGGGGAGUGCCUGCAUGAACGCCGUCGGUUAUGGUCCGCUGACUCCGGGAGGUGGUUCGGGGGUAGUUUCGCGGGACACGCUCUCCUUGACGGAGCCGGGUUCGCCGACGUCGGCGUUGCAGCGAGCUCGAUCGGACAAGUCCUACCGUCGGAGCUACACGCACGCGAAACCACCGUACUCUUACAUAAGCCUGAUAACCAUGGCGAUCCAGAAUGCACCGUCGAAGAUGCUUACACUCUCCGAGAUAUAUCAGUUCAUAAUGGACCUCUUCCCGUUCUACCGACAGAACCAGCAGCGCUGGCAGAACUCCAUCAGGCACUCGUUGAGCUUCAACGACUGCUUCGUCAAGGUCGCGAGGACUCCCGACAAGCCGGGUAAGGGAUCCUUCUGGACCCUGCAUCCUGAAAGUGGUAACAUGUUCGAGAACGGAUGCUACCUCAGGCGCCAGAAACGGUUCAAGGAUUCCAACAAGGAGCUAUCGAGGCAGUCCAACAAGCAGCAGCAGCACCCUCAGCAGAACCACCACAACGGUACCGGGCAGCACAGUCCCUCCCAUGAGAUGAGCCAUGGGAAGAAGACGCCGCUUCAGCAUCACGCCGGUCAACCUCAGGCUGACAAGGACAUGCACUCGCUGGUCGGGGGCCACCAUCACCAUCACCACAUACCCACCGCCGGUGGUAUCCACCAUAAUCACUCCUCCCUGAAGACCGAUGUCACUGACAUCGGUGGCCUCCUCGGCAACGACCUCGGCGCCACUCACGACGAACUGGCCGCUAUGGUCGGGCGUAACCUCCACCCUCAUCUUCUCGGUGAUCCUGCGUCGGCUCUGCACCAUGGGAUGUCGGGUAGCCUGAAGCAGGAGGCACCCUACACAGCGGCCAGCCAUCCAUUCAGCAUCACGAGGCUUUUGCCGGGCGCAACGGCCGCCGGAUCACCUGGAAGUCAGGAGACCAAGUCCCCGGAGCUCAAGAUGUACGAACAGCUUCAUCAGAGCUACGCGAGCUACGGAUCCUCCCCGCAUCAUCCGCACCAUUCCGUACCUCCAGGACACCAUCAUCACCACAACGGCAUGCACGCUGGACCCAAUGGCGCCUCUGGCAUGCACAACAUGAGCAACCACCACCAGGACUACUAUCAGAGUCCGCUUUAUCACCACGCCAGUUCCGUUGCAACGUCGUCGGCUCCUCCGCCUCCGACGAGCGCUUCUGCCACUGGAUUGUGACACCACGCUACUCAUCCCUACGCCCUUGCCUGAGUCGCCGCCGUCUACGCCGUCGCUGGCUAUGGUAACCCUGGUAAUAACGAGGGUUCUCGACAGCGACGGCGGACUCAUGAUCACGAUCACUCUCGACAUGCUGAUGAUCAACUUCUUCAUCAUCAUGUCGGUGGCGGUCGUGAAUCGGGCGGCGAUAUUCACGCUACAUUAGGGCAGGGGGACGAGGCCUGGGACGAUAAUACCGUGCAAGAUGACGACGUCAACGGGGAUGACGAUAACCACAAUUUACCGUACGCCUCUAUAUGAAAUUUAUACCUUUAUUCUCAAUCAACAUUAUUCUGUACAGUCG